UCCCUAUUAACAGAUUUAGAGAUUGAUAUGUACUACCUACAUCCACAUCUCCAAUACAUAUUCAAUAUCUGCGUGUAUGAAGCAAGCUUACUUCUUCAAAACAUCGCACACCCGCAUUCGGCAGUGGACGGCAACCUUGAGCUCGUUAUCAUCCGCCCAGCCCUCUUUUCGUAAAAACCACUCAUCCCUAAAAAUGUCACACCAGAAGACUCAGGAGCCGGUCAUCGACAAGAUUUCGGAGUUGCCCGUCGAUCAGGCGAAGUGGGUCACGCUCAAGAAAGUCGAAUACACCGACCAAGUUGGCAAGCAACGGACUUGGGAGGUGGCGACGCGGAAGACCCGCGGAAAAUCAGGUGUCGACGCUGUCGCGAUGGGGAAUAUUCUCCUACAUCCGUCGCGCCCGGCUUCAACCAUGCUUGUCAUACAAUAUCGGCCGCCUCUAGACUCAUAUACCGUUGAGUGGCCCGCCGGCCUAAUCGACGCCGAGGAGACGGCAGAGCAGGCGGCGGUACGCGAGUUCAAGGAGGAGACGGGCUACGACUGCAGCGUGUUAAGCAUCAGUCCCGUGCAGGCGGCAGAUCCAGGCAUGAGCGACGCCAACAUGCAACUAGUCAUGGUCGAGGUGAAGCUAGGAGAGAGGGACGAGGAGCCGGAACAACGACUGGACGAUGGCGAGCAUAUACAACGCGUUGUCGUACCUCUGAGCGAGUUAUACGACCGCCUGGCGGAAUACUCCAAGGCGGAUCGCAUGAUUGUCGCAGCUAAGUUGUUCCAUUUUGCUGCUGGUAUGAAGUUUGCACAGACGCAGAAAUACUUUUAAAUUUUAAUAGACCGUCGUCCGUGAGGUUCAUAACGGAUGCAUGUGUACAUACUUAUUUACCUGCCUAGAUAGCGCAUGGAAUUAUCAGGGAACCCUCAAUGCGUGUUGAUUGAGUUUUGCGUUCGGAUCCUAUCUUGCGUUUGUUCUUAACGGCCCUCUAACUAACCGUAGUGGCAGUAAUUACCCAACUGCCUGAGACCUGCAUCCGUAUCGCAAGGGUCCGUAAAGACCUAAGGCGAAAAGGGUGAAAAGAAGGUCUUA